AGAGCUUCUGCUUUUUGUUGAUGGGCUGGUCUCCUUCAGAAAUAAUUGACUGACAUGGGUCUUGAAAAAGAGAAGCCGUGAGCUAAUGUAUUUGUGUUGACCACUGAGUGUGAUCUCAUUCUAUCUUCCUGUAUUUAAAGAUAUGACAAAGGAAACACCUCUCUGAGAGAUGCGUCGCCGGACAAGACGAAAGGAGUCACGCAACACUAUAAACCUUUUAUUCGGUUUAUAUAAAUUUUUUUGGGAUAUAAUGCUAUAGCAUAUCUGGGCUUUUCUCAAUACCGUGAUAGUUCCACAGAAACAUGUCAUUGAACAAUUCCAGCAGAAACAAUGUCGGCAGUGCCAACCCAGAGAGCAUGAGAGGUCUUGAGAUUGACUUCUUGCACAUUGCUCUGAUGGGCCUGUCCGCAUUCGUAUUUCUGGUUUCUUUAUUGAUGACAUGUCUAUGGACCAAACAGUAUCGUAAACUGAUGAGGACUAUCCGGGAUCUGAAGCUCCGGCCACCUUUGCCUCUGCCACGAGCAGAUCCCCCCGAAAACUCCUACGCAUCCGAAGUCCCCAUGACGUUUGUGACAGAGGACAAAUACCAACCCCUGCAGGAAGCCACCUUUUCAAGGCAGGACACCAAGUCAGCCUGGAGACCAUUACAAAGGGCAGCACACCUAAACAGGGGUGACCUGACCCUGCUGCAGCUGAUCAAGGCAGGCCGAGAGGGGGCCUUCUACAAGGCCAAGAUGUCCCGCGGCACCUGCAAAGGUCACACCAUGUUCACCUGCAAGGUCGCCAAGGAGAGCGUGACCUAUAAGCAGGUGCAGAGGGAGAUGACCAUCAUGAGGAAGCUGGGCAACCAUAAGAACCUGCUGCAGCUGCUGGACUGGGACGUCACUCAGACUCCCUACUUCCUGGUAAUGGAGUUUGUGGCCAAUGGGACACUGAGGAGCUUCCUGCAGACCAAUCAGGACAGACUGUCUGGUGACACCGACCUGCAGCACCUCUUCACCAUAGCAGCCUACCACAUAGCACAUGCCAUGGACCACCUGCGCAACAAGAUGGUGGUGCACUGUGACCUAGCCUUGAGAAACAUCAUGGUCAACAGCUUUCCUCGAGAGGUGAAGGUGGCCGAGUUCAGCUUGGCAAGAGAUUUGACGCGCAUGAGAAGUCACAGGACCAGCAAGAAGCAUGGAGACCCUGAAAAAGUCCCCUUGCGAUGGUAUCCCCCGGAGUACUUCAAGGAGAAGUACUUCGGCUUCAAAAGUGAUGUCUGGUCUUUUGGAAUUGUGCUGUGGGAGAUGGAAACAUUUGGUACACUGCCAUACCCCAAUCUGGACUCCCCAGAAGACGUGAAGCGACAAAUUUGUGCAGGGUACAGGAACGCAGAGCCUGCUGGAUGCAGAGAAGAGAUUCUGCAGUUGAUGCGGGACUGCUGGAUGGAGCCGUACACUCACAGACCUUCCUUCAAAGACAUUGUUAGAGUGUUGGAGAACAUACUGGAAAAUGAUGCAGACUAUGUGGAUGUCGACAACAAAAGGUCAAAGAGCUAGCUACCGUAUGUUAAGUUGAUGGAAAGAUUAACAGGGAAAUGUUUCUACGUAAGUUGCAAAAUUCCGGUUAAUGAUUCGCAUCAGAUAUGUGGUGGAUGAUGUGGAAACAAUUGUAACACUUCAGUGUCUAUGAUGUUCAAUCACUGGCAUCUCAGAGGUAAAAUGUUUGUGAUAUGGGUGUUGAACGUGUUAUUUUAGACAUUAAAAUAGUUAACAGUGUGCACUGUAAGGAGAAGUGACACUCCAGCUGCAUACUGGUUCCUUUUCUCAGAACUGAACAAGCAAGAAUGGUGGUGACGUGAAUUCGAUAGAAAUGUAUGACAGUUUUAUAGGGAAUCAGUCUGUUCCUCUGCAUCGGACAAGGAGUUCUACUGUAUUUUUUAAAACUUUCAUUUCCAUAUUCCACCUUAACAUGUGUGGUGGAUGUAUUUUCCAUUUGAAAGUGAAAGGCUAUGAAACGUGAUUUGUGUACAAAAGUGCUAUUUUACUGAAAGGUGCUGUAGAU